UCGCACAUCACACUACCAAUUUAUCUCUUUAAAUUCCCUAAUAAUAAUAUAUAUAUAAAAUGGGUAAAGAUCAAGAAUUUCUGGAGGCUGCACGCAAUGGCAAUAUUUCGUUUAUCGAAAAAGUACUUAAUCAAAAAGCCAAACGUGCUGGCCCUUUGGCAAGUCUAAGACGAGGCACCGGAGUUAAUGUACAGGAUAGUGGAGGCUACUCGGCAUUACAUCAUGCCUGCAUAAAUGGACAUACGGAUAUUGUGAAGUUACUUUUGGCACAUGAAGCCACACCUAAUUUACCCGAUAUGAGAGGUUCAUCUGCCUUGCAUUUGGCCUCCUGGGCGGGAGAAGAAGAAAUUGUAAAAAUGCUAUUAACACAUCCAUAUAGACCAGCAAAUCCCAAUCUGCAGACCAUAGAGAAAGAGACACCGUUACACUGUGCCGCACAACAUGGCUAUACACAGGUGCUGUCUAUGUUAUUGGCACACGAAGCAGAUCCUAAUAUGAGAAAUACAAGAGGUGAAACACCUUUGGAUUUAGCCUGUCAAUAUGGACGUUUACAGGCAGUACAAAUGCUAAUAAGAGCACAUCCGGAGUUAAUAGCGCCCUACACCAAACAAGCUACUGAAAAUCAAGUUAACAAUAGAUCACGACACUCAUCACCUUUGCCACACUCUGGUUCAAUAUCAACACCAUCACCAUCCUCACCAUCGGUGCUAUCUUCACCAGCUACACCUACACGCUGUGUAUUCCCACACACCUGUCUACACUUGGCCAGUCGUAAUGGCCACAAACAAGUGGUAGAGGUUUUAUUAGGGGCCGGUGUGAAUGUCAACUUAUUAACACCCUCAGGCUCGGCAUUACAUGAGGCGGCCUUAUGUGGCAAAGAGUCUGUGGUGCGUACAUUAUUGAAAGCUGGUAUUGAUCUUAAUGCCACAGAUGCUGAAGAUCGCACUGUUUUGGAUAUACUUAAAGAAUUUCCAGCUCAUGUAACCAAACACAUUAUAGAUGUUAUAAAUAAUUUCCGCAAUCAAAUGGAUACGGAUGACAGUGAGGAGGUGAUCUAUCGUCAUCAGCAACCACCCCAGCCGGGUCAACGUAAUCACAAUGUGGUUGGUCAUUACCAAAAGCAACAACAUAAUAAUCAUUAUCAUUUCAAUUCCAAUAAUCAUUUACUCAAUCAUUCGCUGUCUAUGCAACAAUCUUCCUAUAACAAGCAGAGAUUCAGUUCCGGUGCCACAUUCAAUGGUGGCGGCAAAUCUUUAGAUAGUGGUUUACAAUUGGAUGAAAACUCUCCCAGUACGGGUGGUAGUGGCAAUAAUCGUUUCUAUCAUGAUACUUUAAAUUCACCCGUGCGUAGUCAAUCGAAUACGUCUCAAAACGACAUGGGUGUUAGUCCUUCAUCAUCAAUAAGCAGUUUUGAACCAGCUUCAAUUUCGCCCAGAUCUAGAUGCUCAACUGGAGGCGUUUCUAGUUUCGUAGGCAAUCUACCGCCUAUGAGUAGUUUUGGACCCGGAGGACCACCUAAAAAACCACCGCGACGUAAUCUAUCGGUAUCACCCACAAACAGUGGCCAACCAUUUAGUUACACUUCACCCAAUCAUCAACAACAAAACAACUAUGGCAGAAGACAGACACGAAGUCCAUCAAAUGACAGUCCCUAUUCCCAUCAAAGUCACGGCAGUGUUGGUGGCAUAAGUUUCGAUGAAUCGCAACUAACAGAACGUCAGAGAGGAAAUCGCUUGUUUGCUAGUGCCCGGGAAACUGCACGCACAUCGGGCGGAAUAUCAUUAAGCUCAAGUACUGAUAUGUUGGAGAAACGUCAUCAUAGUGAUGAUGUAGAGAAUUUAGUGCCAAAUUCAAAUCAGGAAAUUACAAAUUCAAUGAAGAGACCAAAACCAGCACCAAGAAAUAUAAAUAAUAUUAAUGAGGUUACAAUAAGUAACGAAAAUUCCACCCUGAAAUCAUACAAUCCAAAUCGUAAAUUAAAGAGGAAUCGCAAUAGUUACUCCUUAACUUUGGGUGAGAAAGAUGAAAAGGGUGAUGAGAAUAAGCCUCAAAUACCCCAAAGUCCUACAAACUAUAAACAACCACCCACUCCAGAUCAUCCUCCUCCCUCUUCAAGUCAGGCGGAAAAAAUUAUACACGAACGCAUAAGACCUUUGAGUCAAGAAUACAAACGUCGAUCGGCGUUGUUGCAAUUGCAAAAACAGCAACAAUUAUUGGUUGAUAUGGGUACUUCACCACUGCGGCAAAUAAAUAUGAAUAGCAACAGCAACAGCAACAGCAAUAACAAUAGUAACAACACGAAUCUUACAUCACACUAUGAUUACGCCUACAUACAGCCCUCACCCACUAAACUUAAUACCAAUACUGUUUCAUCCAACAUCUAUUCCACUAUAGGAUCCGGUGGCAUUAGAGGUUCCAUGGGUUCACUGAGUUCCAGUGUUUCCUUAUCUGAUCAUAGUGGUUCCACCGAAAAUGUAGAAGAAUUUAUUGGAGAUCAACCAUUUGCCGGCCUCCUCAAGGGUUCGGCUGCCCAUAGUAGUAAUAAGCAAAAAAUAGAACCGGCUUAUGCCACGGUUAAUAAAGCAUCCAAAAUGAACCCACCUCAAGUCCAACUACCACCACCUAGACCACAACAACAACUGCCUCCACAAGCUCAGGUGCCCGUUUAUGCAACCAUACACAAAAAACGGGGUAUAUCGAUAACAGCUCAAGCUGCAGAACAGCAAAAUGCUUACAAAGCAAGACCUCCUAUACCAGCCAAACCGGUUGUACCCGAGAGAAGACUUUUCAAAGCACAAACACCACAACUGCCAACGGCAGAGCCGCAAGACACAACGUCUGACUGCAACAACGAAAUAGAAAAUCAAGAUCAAGAAAUGAAAAAUGACUCUGAAGACCUGUAUGAGGAUAUCUUUGAAACAAAGACGAUUGUGGAGAACAACAUUAGUAAAAUAAACGAACUCAAGCAAGAAUCCCAGGAGAAACCACCCAGUGAUAUUUUAAGUCAUCAGAGUUCCAUCAACAGCUCUUCAAAUGAAGAACAAUCACAGUUGACUUCGUCACAACCUACUAAUGAAAGUUCCAAUGAAGACACAAGUUCCAUAGCCAAUAACUCGACAACGUCUCACGAGAGCAGCAUUCUAAGUCCUUUCAAUGCCGAAGAAGCUAGAAAGAAAAUCUCGGAAAUUCUCGAAUCAUUUGGUAGUAGUAUACUAAAUUCGGACAUUUCUCCUACAAAUGAUUUGGAUUUCGACGAUACCGAAAUACCAGUGGAAAGGCAAGAAUUAGUAAGUCGUUUAAGGAAAUCAGGUCUAAUGCAUUUGGAAAAGAAACUAUUUGAGCAUGGUUACGAUAAUGUUAAAUUUAUGAAUGCUAUUUUCGAGGAAUCAGAUAUAGAGUGUUUAAAUAUUUCCCAGCAGGAUGGUGCCAAAUUACUUAGGUUUAUAAGAACUUUACCUAAAGCAGAAUUUCUACCACAAGUUCCCCAGAAAAAUCAACAGGAAAACAAAUCUCUAACUGAAUUGAAAGGUAUUUCAUCUCUGCAGCAAUGGCUACACAGCAUACAAUUGCCACAAUAUAUUGAAUCAUUUAACAAACAUCUCUAUAACACUCUGGAUAGUGUUUGUGGAGUUUGGGAUGUUGAGUUACAAACUGUAUUGGAAAUCAAUAAACUGGGUCAUCGUCGGCGUAUACUACAAUCGAUAGCCUUUAUCAAACAUAUGCGUGAACCGAAAUCUGCCAAAACUCCCCUGGCUGAAAAUAAUGAGACCAACAAGAUUUCUUUGAAUGUUACCACCAACAAAGAUGGCACUCAAAGGCAAUCGAUUAGUGGUUAUCGCAAAAAUAGACCUGCUCCUCAACCACCCACUCAGAAGGCUACACAACAAACUCCAACGGCUCAAACAUCUUUGGAUAUACGUGCUCCUUCGGAGUUACUUUUGGGUUUACCUGAUAACGUACGCACAAAGUGGCGUCAUUCUGCAAAUGAUUUGCUCAACGAACAAAUAAAAUAUGAAGUUUAUUAUUUAGGCUCAACGGUUGUGAAAGAAUUACGUGGCACCGAAUCGACACGCAAAUCCAUACAAAAACUAAAACAAGAUCAACAGCAUAACUCUGCUGCUGCUGCCGCCGCUACCAAUAUGUUAAUGUCUUCCCAGUCAGAAACAAAUGCUGCCCGUAAUCAAUCAUUUAAUAAACAAAAACGUAUACUAGUGUCAUUGGCCAUCUCGCACAGGGGUGUUGAGUUCAUAGAUGUGAACAGCAAGAACACCAUUUGUGAACAUGAAAUACAAAAUAUAAAUUGUGCAUGUCAAGAUGCAGACGAUCUACGACAUUUUGCCUACAUCACCAAGGAAAAUGAUGUGCACUAUUGUCAUGUGUUUUAUGUGGAGAGUAUGGACUUGGCUUCCGAUAUAAUAUUGACUUUGGGUCAAGCAUUUGAGGUGGCCUAUCAGUUGGCAUUGCGUGAUGGCAUUACGGCCACUCCAUUGGCCACACUAAACAACAGUAUACUACAAGGUCUUGAAUUUCCCAAUCAACAGACAUCGAUCAAUACUAAAACCCAAGAAGCGUAAGAAGACCAAAACUAAUUUUAAAUCUUAAAACUAACAAACAAACAAAAAUAGUGUAUUUUUUUCAUACGUAAAGAGACUUCUUUUUAUUUCUUUAUAAUUG